AAUCAAUCAGUUUCUCAUCCGUGGAAACCCUAGCUCCGACACCCCCCCAUAAAGCUUUACUCUUUUGGCUUUCUCUUCAGUUUUCCGUUCGAUUCGCUUCGGAAUUCAACGGAUUUUCCGAUGAGUUCACCGUGCGCGAAGUGGAAUUGACGUUUUCCGGUAGAGAAAACUCUCCUGUUCUCAGAAGAAUUGAAGGUUUAUGUUCGGUCUGUCGGCGCUGAUUGAGAAUUCAAUUCAAUCGAUCUGAAGAAUCCGGUGUUCUAUAAACCCAUAGAAUCAGCUCCUGAGUUUAUCGGAUAGAAUCAUCAACCUCCUCAAGUGUGUACGCUAAGAGAGACGUUCGGCGUGAUUUGAUAGAUCGGAUCGAGGUCGUCCCCAGUCGAAGGAGUAGCGGUAGCAGUGGUUUGAUUUUGGUUAAUAAGCACGCCUUUAGAUAUUGCUGCUGAGUGAAGCUUGCGGAUUAUUUUGCUCGUGGAGGAUGUUCAACUAAUCUAUUGGAGGAAUUUGGUUUGACUGAUUUUCCUGAGUUAUUGAAGAGAAGUUGUGAGCUAGAAAAAAGAGCUUUUAAUAUUUUUGUACUUUAUAUCAAUUUUCUUUGAGUUCAAUAUCAGGCCUAUUAUAAUUUUUUGAUCGGCCUCUUUGUUGUUAUAUUGAUUGUUUGAGGAAAAAAAGGAAUUUUAAGAAAAAAAGAGCUAUGUCAGUUUAUUUUAAGUUUAAAAGUGCGAAAGAUUAUGAUUCAAUUCCAAUUGACGGUCACUUUAUUACUGUUGGUAACCUGAAAGAAAAAAUAUUUGAAUCCAAGCAUCUGGGCAGGGGUACAGAUUUUGACCUCGUUGUCACCAACGCCCAGUCUAACGAAGAAUAUCUUGAUGAGGACACCUUGAUUCCCAAAAAUACUAGUGUUUUGAUUCGUCGCGUUCCUGGACGACCUCGCAUGCCCAUAGUAACUGCACCUGUAACAGAACCAGACGAGCCCCAAGUAGAAUACCGAUCUGAGGAGGCUCAAGCAGUUAGAAGUAAUUUUGUGGGAGGGGAGUCAUCUGCCACCAAAUAUCCUGAAGAUCUUGAAUGGGAUGAAUUUGGAAAUGAUCUGUAUGCUAUUCCUGAAGCAUUACCAGUCCAGUCAAGCAACCAAGUGCAGGAUGCUCCUCCUCCAAGUAAAGCUGAUGAGGAGAGUAAGAUCAAAGCUUUAAUUGACACUCCAGCCUUAGAUUGGCAGAGUCAACCCUCUGAUGGCUUUGGUGCUGGUAGAGGUUAUGGACGAGGUCAAGGUGGAAGAAUGAUGGGUGGACGUGGUGGGCGAGGUUUUGGUUGGGGUGGUGGGUUGGAACGGAAAACACCACCACCAGGCUAUGUAUGCCAUCGCUGUAAGGUGCCUGGGCAUUUCAUUCAGCACUGUCCAACAAAUGGUGACCCCAAUUUUGACAUUAGGAAAGUGAAACCUCCAACUGGCAUUCCGAAGUCCAUGUUAAUGGCAACCCCAGAUGGUUCAUAUGCUUUACCAAGUGGUGCCAGUGCUGUUUUAAAGCCCAAUGAGGCUGCUUUUGAAAGAGAAGUUGAAGGGAUGCCUUCUAUACGUUCCGUUGGUGAUCUUCCACCAGAGCUUCAUUGUCCCUUGUGUAAAGAAGUAAUGAAAGAUGCAGUGUUAACAAGCAAGUGUUGUUUUACCAGUUUCUGCGAUAAAUGCAUAAGGGAUCAUAUCAUCUCGAAGUCGGUGUGUGUCUGUGGGGCCACAAAUAUACUUGCUGAUGACCUGUUACCCAACAAGACCUUGAGGGAUACAAUUAAUAGAAUACUGGAAUCAAAUAAUAGCAGUGCAGAGCAUGGGGGUAGUGCUCUCCAAGUUCAAGAUAUGGAGUCAGCGCGCAUUCUCCCACCUAAGAUUCCAUCUCCUUCACAAUCUGCAGCUUCAAAGGGUGAGCUGUUACCACCACCACCACCACCACCUCCACCUCUUAAGGAGGAAAAUUCUAAAUCCCAGGAGAUUGCAGAAGAGGGUAAGAAUGGCAGUGCUCCUCAGCAAAUGUUGGAGAGAGGAAGAACUUUGAAGGUUGCAGAUGUUUCUGAAGCUACACAUGAGUCCGUUAGUGUUAAAGAACCUGUAUCCCCGGGAAGUGCUCCAUUGGCUGAUGAAGAGGUUCAGCAAAAGCCUGUAGUUGGGGAGGCAGGAAAGAAAAAGAAGAAGAAAAAAACACGAAUGGCUUUGAACCCUGCUGCUGCUGAGAUGCAGUGGAGAGCUGCUCAAGAUCUUGCUGCUGAGAAUUAUAUGAUGUCUAUGGGUCCUGCUGCCUAUAAUCCAUAUUGGACAGGCAUGCAACCUGGACUAGAUGGGUUUGGAGCCCCUUAUCCUGGUGCCAUGCCAUACAAUCCUUAUGGGAUGGGUCCUCUAGAUGUGCCCUUUAUGCCGCCUCCUGUCGUACCACAUGAUCCAUUUGGCGGACAAGGUUUUAUGCUGCCUUUCGGUCCUCCAAUGCAGAGGGACCUUGCAGCAGACUUUGGGAUGGGAUUUAAUGCUGGCCCACCAAUCAUGAGCAGAGAAGAAUUUGAGGCUAGAAAGGCUGAUCUGAGAAGGAAGCGUGAGAGCGAGAGACGUGGAGAGAGCAGGGAGUUCCCUAAAGACAGGGAACAUGCAAGGGAAGUUGGGAGCACUGCUGAUGGUCCUUCCCUGAAACCCAAAUCUAAAGCUCCGUCGAGCUCCAGCCGUCCCCGCCAACCUGAGAGGCCUUCCCCAGACCUUGACCACCGCCGACGUGAGAGGCCAUCGCCAGACCUUGAUCACCACCGCCGACCUGAGAGACCAUCGCCAGAUCUUGACCACCGCCGCCGACCUGAGAGGCCAUCGCCAGACCUUGACCACCACCGCCGACCUGAGAGGCCAUCACCAGACCGUGAUUACCCCCGCCGACCUGAGAGGCUGUCUCCAGACCGUCGAUCGCGUGACCCUGAACUUCCUCGCCCUUCUUCCAAGAAAAAGUAUGAAGAUUAUGACGAUCAUCACCAUGAGGACCGCCACCGCCAUGAGGACCGCCAUCAGCGCGAGCAUACCCAUCGCAGUAGCAGUAGCCAUCACCGUUCAGAAUCUUCAGCUAGCACCAAACCAUCCUCCAUAGGCCCAUCUGAACCGCAAUCCAAAUCCGUUGAUAAGAGGAAGGCGAGUGUUUUUUCUCGUAUCAGUUUCCCAGCUGAAGAUUCAGCAGCAGCUUCAAAGAAGCGAAAGGUGCCAUCCUCAAGUGAAAUGCCAGUGAGUUCUUCGGCGAGCCACAGGGGUGGCACAACAAAUGGGUAUCAUGGAGAGCACAAAAUGACUACUGGAUCAAGGAAGAGUGCCACUGCGAGUGUGGAUUAUGAGAGCAGUGAUGAUGAUCGGCACUUCAAAAGGAAGCCUUCAAGAUUGAGAUAGUAUAUGAUGAGGGAGAGACUGGAUCAAAAAGAAUCUUGCAUGGAUAUACAUACAGAUUCAGAUGGCGCGGGCAUCUUUGAAACAUUCAAAUCUGGAUCGACUUUCCUGAGUGAUACCAUCUACUUCACAAAGUUCUCAGUGCAACGUUAUGAGUUUGAUCCUUGAGAGAUGGGUACAGCACAAAUUUGCGCAUCCAAGGAUCGUCAAAACAUGAACGUUCUAGUGAAUUGUUGUAGAUUCUAUCUAAGAAUUGUAUUAUCUUAUGAAUGCUACAUAGUUGUUUUUAGUUA